AUGACCAACUUUGAAAUAGGCAUAGGGAUAGAUUUGGGCUCAUCUGCUGUUAGAGUUGGGAUCUAUGACACGAAGACAGAUGGAUUACUUCGAGUUAUCUCCCGCAAGGUUUCCUAUACGAACUGGGGUUCAGGCAAAGUCACUCAAAGCUCCGAAGAGAUCAUGAGCGCGAUUGGUCAUUGCUUUAAAACCCUCAAAGUUGAUAUACGACAUGUAAAAUCGUGUGGUGUAGCAGCGACGUGUUCUAUGGCAGUAUUUGAGCGACAUCACGGUCAAGGACUUUUACCUAUUGACGUCUAUGGCUACUGCACUAGCACACCUCACAAUGUAGUCUUUUGGAUGGAUAACUUUGCAAGAGAAGAGUGUAAUGCCUUAAAUAAACAGGACAUUCAAGAAAAGCAUUUUAUGGGUGGUUCAUUUAUUCCAGAGAUGGCAAUUCCCAAACUCAUGAACAUUGCUGCUCGAUAUUCAGAUAAUCUAGAAAUCAAUCUCGAGGUGUUCGACCUGCACACAUACAUUGCAUAUGCUAUAGCAACUAGUUUUUCCUGGGAUGCCAGAGCACUUGUCAAUGUUAGCACAACUAAUGGAAUUGGGCAUGAUGGAGAGCUUCGCGGAUGGAAACCGUCUUUUUAUUCUGAAGUUGUCUGUCUUCCCAAUAACAUUUUUAUUGGACCCCUAUCGAUUCCGGAGCCUGCAUAUCCCACUAAAGUUGUUAGUUGCAUUGAUUGCUACUCAGGCUGGUUCUCUAUAUUUCCAUCAUCCCCCGAGUAUUCUUUAUUCAUUGCGGCAGGAACUUCAACUUGCUAUUUAUAUGCAACUAAAAACUCCACAAAAUGCAUCCCAGGGGUUUGGGGGCCUUUUACAGAUAUUAUCGAUGACACCAAUCAUUCCAGUUGGCAAAUUUAUGAAGCAGGGCAAUCAGCUACAGGCCUACUAAUUGAACAUUUAUUUCAAAGUCAUCCAGCGGCAAUUGCAUUUGGAGGUUCUAGAGCAGAGAUUUUUGAGAAGAUUGAACGAAUUAUCAUGGAAGAAGAAGAGAAAAGUGGGAAGUCAAUCCACUUCCAGGCAAAGCAUAAGUUUAUGUAUGGCGAGCUUCAAGGGAAUAGAACACCUUACUGCAAUCCGUCUAUGAGUGGGGUGUUUAUAGGGGAAACCACUGAUAGAUCGUUUUUCGAUUUGACUUUAAAAUACAUCAGUGCAUUAGAAUUUCUUGCCUUUCAAACGAAGCAAAUUAUAGACAGCUUUGAAAACAAUAUUAAAGAAUUGAGAGUCGUAGGAAGUCAAGCUGAUAACGCCAGACUUCUUUCGUUGAUUUCGCUUGUUAAUAAUCAAAUGCCAAUAAAAGUACCCUUAGAAAAUGCCUCUCUAAUGGGAGUAAGAGGUGCUUAUCUCAUGGGAAAAGCUAAGGCAGAGGGGAAGCCGAUAUUCGAGGUUAUUGAAUGCCGGGAUAGGCUUUCAAAGAUAGUCAAAGAUGCUACGGUCAUAAAGAUUGAUGAUGAAAAAUCCUUGAAGAAACUUUUAAAUGUGAAGUACGAGAUUUUCCUUGAUAUGGCGAAGGUACAGCAAAAGUACAUCUCCAUGGUGAAUACUUUAAAUUAUUAA